AUGAACACAGAUGAAAACAAGAUCCUCCUGCACGGCGCCGGCCUCCAACUGUAUGUUUACUAUCUCCUGGACAAUGGCCAAUCGGACCUCCGCAAGAAAGGACUCGUGCGGGCAUAUAAUCUGGCAACGGAGCUCAUCACCACGUUUACGACCCUGGCUUCAGCGCACGAGCUCCCCGAGCAUGGACCAGUAUCCUAUUUCCGGGUGCUAUGCCUCGCCGCCAUGUUCAUACUCAGACUUUGCUACUCAAAUCUGAGCGGGUCCCUGGAUAUAGAUAGUGGAAAAAGCGCGUUCAGCUCCGCCAUUUGCCUCACUCGCCGGAUAUCGCUCGAGGACAAUGACCUCCCGGGCCGCAUGUCCAGGAUCCUGACGCAGCUGUGGAGCGCGCAGAUGCGCAGUGGCUCACGCGAUAAAGAUCCCAGUUUGAAGCUCAAGACGCGCAUGGCAGCGAGUCUUAUCCAUGAUUCAUUAUGGAUGUGGCGGGAAGAGUUUGGUGGUCAGAGGAAUACGGCGCAGACACCUCCAGUUGGUAUGCGAAACCCGGAUCUGGCUGUGCAGAAUCUUACCGUGGGGAGUACGCAGGAUGAGGCUGCUGUUGAGGGUUGGACUUUGGAAGAUAUGAUCGAUGCCGAGAUGUUGGCGCUGCUUCCGUUUAGCUUGGAUGGCGAACCUUGA